GUCCGUCUCGGCAGUUGUGCGCAUGCGCAGUGCUGAGCGGAAGCAGUAUCAGGCUGGACCGGAAGCUGAAGCGUUCUUUUUCUGCCACGGUCUGCCAUCAUGGUGUUCAAGCGCUUCGUCGAAAUCGGCCGCGUCGCCUACGUCGCCUUCGGUCCCCAUGAAGGCAAACUGGUGGCCAUCGUCGAUGUGAUCGAUCAGAACAGGGCGCUGGUGGACGGUCCCUGCACCGGGGUGAAGAGGCAGGCCAUGCCGUUCAAGUGCAUGCAGCUCACCGAUUACGUCAUCAAAGUUCCUCACAGCGCUCGUCAGAAGUUUGUGAGACGCGCCUGGGAGAAAGCCGAGAUCAACCAGAAGUGGGCCGAGAGCAGCUGGGCCAAGAAAAUCGAAGCCAGGGAAAAGAGGGCCAAGAUGACCGACUUCGAUCGCUACAGGGUCAUGAAGGCCAAGAAGAUGAGGAACAAGAUCAUCAAACACGAGAUGAAGAAACUCCAGAAAGCUGCAGCAGCCACAGCAAAGAAGGCUUAAAUCGUAUUCAAUAAACGUGUUUAAUGACUUGU